AUGCCCCCGAACAUGAUCGUCCUCGCUCCUCAUCCCCUCGACCUGCGAGCUUCCUAUUCCUAUCUUCAGUUUUUAUUUGCUGCGGCUCCUCAACGACCAGCAAUGGCACAGCAGCCACCAAUCUAUGAUAUCGGUCCAUUUAAAUCAAGCACCAAGAACACAGACACGCAAUUGAAUGUUUAUGUGUCCAACAAACGCUUUAGAAUCGAUCUCUUUACUUCCAACUUCGAAAGCUCUCCUGCUCUAUUGGCCGAAUACCUUCGACACGUUCAGCAUCAAGAACCAGAAUGGAUCCCUGAUGAGUCAGAGGUAGAUGCAGAUGGGGAAUAUGAAGACCCCCUUGAUGAAAUGCAUGAUUGGAUCUUGCAACCAUUUCUGCCAAUUUUCCACGAAAUUAAUCCCCUGAACCCAAGCCAAAAGUACACUCUCGAGGAUUUCUAUGGAGGUGACACGGGCAUUACCACAAGAGAGAUUCUCACAUAUUCAAAGAUUCACAUGGCUAAAUUCGAUUCCGCAAUUCUAACAUCACAAUUGGAAGGGCUGGUCCAGGAUGAUGAUGGGGAUGUCAUGGGAUUGGUUCUAUCAUACAUUGAUUACGAUGGAGCUACACUCAAUUGCCUUGACGGACGUGAUCCUAGGUUUUCCGAGCUCCGACAAAAAUGGGUUGAUCAGAUUUCGCACAAACUUAAACACCUUCAUGCACACAAUAUCAUCUGGGGAGAUGCAAAGGCAGCCAUUGUGCUCAUUGAUGUCAAUGAGGACGCAUAUCUGAUUGAUUUUGGAGGGGGUUGUACUGAGGGUUGGGUUGAUAAGGAGAAGUCUAACUCAAUCGAGGGAGAUCUGCAGGGACUUCAAAAUAUUAAGCGGUACCUUUUUGAAUGA